GGAAAUAAGCAAAAGCGCAUUGCUGUAAUAGUUGCAAAUAUAGAAAAUGCUAACAAUCUAUUUGGGCUAGAUUUAUUCAAAGAAUUCGGUUUUGAAAUUACGCAAAUUGAUAACGUAGUUGAUAAAGGCGAAUAUAUCAAACAAAUUGAAGAUUUAUGCAAUAAAUAUGAAACAGUAUUUAACAAUACAAAUGCUGGCGUGAUAAAAAAUUUUAAAGCAAGUAUACGUAUGUAGACCACUGCCAUACCAAAAUUUUAUAAAAGCAGGCAAAUACCGUUCGCGCAAAUGUCAAAAUUCCGUGAGGAAGCAGAUAGGCUUAUUAAUACCGGAAUUUGGAAACCGGUAAAAUUUAGUAACUGGGUGUCACCAAUCGUCUUAGCACCAAAACCAGAUGGGUCGAUGGAGUUGGAUGAAGAUUCCAAACAAGUAAUGGUAGUCAAUACACCUUUAGGAUUGUUCCAGUAUCAACGACUUCAAUAUGGUAUUGCCAGCGCACCCGCAAUUUUUCAGCGUUAUCUUGAACAACUCCUCAAUGGUAUAGAAGGAUGUGGAAAUUAUUUGGAUGACAUUAUUAUAACCGCACCGUCAUUGCAAGAACAUGUAAAACGAGUAGAGCAAGUAAUAAAAAUUCUCGAAGACAACGGUAUCAAGUGCAAAAAGGAAAAAUGUUUCUUUUUGAAAGAAGAAAUUGAGUACUUGGGUAGAAGAGUAAGCGCUAAGGGAAUCCUUCCAGACUAUUCAGGCAUUCAAGCAGUUAAGCAACUGAAACCACCUAUGAAUAUAACGCAACUAGAAGCUUUUAUAGGUAAAGUGAAUUACUAUUGCAAUUUUAUUCCAAAUUUUUCUCAGUUAGCCGCUCCACUAAAUAAGCUACGCCGCAAAAAUGUACAUUUUACAUGGAGCUCAGAGCAGCCACAAGCUUUUAAAGAUCUUAAAUUACAUAUAAUUAAUGCUACGCAGUUGGCACAUUUCAAUGAACAAUUACCAAAUACGCUAGCAACCGACGCCUCAUCUUUUGGCAAUGGCGCCGUUCUUUCGCACAUUUAUCCUGACGGAAAUGAACGUCCAAUAGCAUUUGCAUCUAAAACUAUGGAUAAGCAUCAACUUAAAUAUAGUCAAAUUGAAAAAGAAGACCAUAAACCUCUCAUAAAUAUUUUUAAUCCAAGCAAGCAUCUACCGCAAAUGACUUCGCAUCGUAUUCAGCGUUGGGUAAUCAUACUUAUGGCAUAUCAAUUCGAUAUCAAGUAUCGUAAUACACACGCACAUGGUAAUGCGGAUGCAUUCUCUCGUUUACCUCAAAAUAUUCUAGAACUCUUACAUGAUGGACAUUCGGGAACCGUAAGAAUGAAGCAAUUAGCACGACAUCACGUUUGGUGGCCAAACAUCGAUGACGACAUAGCCAAAGUGACACGUCAAUGUGAAAUUUGUAAAGUUGGCAAUCCAACUCCUACACGUCAAUACCUUAGUUGGCCAGAAGCAAAAGCACCAUGGGAACGCGUUCAUAUCGACUUCGCUGGCCCUAUAUUCGAUUCUAUGUGGCUUAUAUGCAUAGACGCUUAUUCGCAAUUUCCAUUCGUAACACAGUUAUCUUCAACUACAACAGAUAAUACUAUACAUUCUUUAAAAUCAAUUUUUGCCAUAGAAGGUUUUCCCAAUACACUGGUUAGUGAUAAUGGACCUCAGCUAACAUCCGACGCAUUACAACAAUUUUGCAAGUUACAUGGUAUUACGAACAUAACAACUGCACCGUUUCAUCCAGCAUCCAGCGCACCAUCGCAAUUAGAGGAAAAUGUUGCUGAAGAUCAGAAUUCAAGCAAUCCGAUUCGUAGAAGCAACCGAUCGCGACAACAGGUUACUCGUUUCACAGCUCCUGAUUUUAGAAAUAAAUAA